AAAUAUUGGAACUUGAGAUCGAGGAUAAUGGUUGGACCAACUAUCGGAAUUGACCUCGGAACAUCGUAUUCGUGUGUGGGUGUUUGGCAACAUAAUCAAGUUGAGAUCAUAUCCAAUGAUCUAGGUAGUAGGACUACGCCAUCAUGGGUUGCCUUCACAGAUAUGGAACGUCUAGUAGGUGAAGGUGCCAAGAACCAGGUCCUCACGAACCAUAUGCACACCAUCUUUGAUGCUAAACGACUGAUUGGAAAGAGAUUUAGUGAUGGCACGGUUCAAGAGGACAUGAAGUUGUGGCCUUUCAAAGUCAUAAAGGGAACUAGUGACAUUCCCAAGAUUGUAGUUGCAUACAAGGGUGAAGAGAAGCAGUUUUCAGCUGAAGAAAUUUCAUCCAUGGUUCUUGGGAAAAUGAAAGAUAUUGCUGAGGCAUUCCUUGGUAAAACUGUGAAUGAUGCCGUCAUCACAGUGCCUGCAUAUUUUGAUGAUUCACAACGCCAGGCCACAAAAGACGCCGGUCAUGUUGCAGGACUUAAUGUUUUGCGCAUAGUUAAUGAGCCUACCGCAGCUGCAAUCGCGUAUGGACUAGAAAUGAGAAUUGACAUAUCUCGUGAAACAAAUGUGCUUGUUUUUGAUUUAGGUGGUGGUACAUUUGAUGUCUCUCUUGUCAACAUUGAUGAAAAUGGCAAGUUAGAAGUGAAGGCUGUGGCCGGUGACACUCACUUGGGUGGCCAAGACUUUGAUAACAAAAUGGUGGACCAUUUGAUCAAGGAAUUUAAGAGAAAGAAGAAGAUAGACAUACAAGGGAAUCUAAAAGCAACCGGGAGGUUGAGGGUAUCUUGUGAAAGAGCGAAACGACAACUCUCAUCAAGUAUUGAAACAAUAAUCGAAAUUGAUAGCUUGCACAAAAAUGUUGAUUUUAAUACCAAAAUUAGUCGUGCAAAGUUUGAACAUCUUAAUGCAGAUUUCUUUAACAAGUGCAUAAAGACGGUGGAGAGUUGUUUGAAGGAUGCAAAAAUGGAUAAGAAAGACGUGGAUGAGGUGGUACUUGUCGGUGGGUCAACAAGGAUACCAAAGAUACAACAAUUGUUGCAAGAAUUCUUUAACGGAAAGGAGCUCUCAAAGAAGAUUCAUGCUGAUGAGGCAGUUGCAUAUGGUGCAACAGUUAUUGCUGCAAAGAUAAGUGGUGAAAUAAGCCAAAAGUUGAAGAACUUGGUGUUUUUGGAUGUCACUCCUCUUUCCCUUGGUGUGGAGUUGUUCGAUGGCACUAUGUCUGUUCUGAUCCCAAGAAACACUACCAUACCAGCAAACAAGGGAAGCACAUUUCAUACAUCUAAGGACAACCAACGUUCCAUAAACUUUCCGGUAUACCAGGGUGAGAGAAGCCGGGCAAAAGACAAUAACCGGCUAGGGGUAUUUGAGGUUUCAGUCCCACCUGCACCAAAGGGUGAAUCCGAAGUAAAGGUGGUCUUUAACAUCGAUGAUGAUGGUAUUUUGAAUUGCUUGGGUGAAGAAGUAUCCACUGGCCUGAAAAAGAGCAUGAUAGUUACUAAUGACAAGGGGAGGCUUUCAAAGGAAGAGAUAAAAAAGAUGCUAAAGGAUGCUGAAGAGUACAAACUUGAUGACCAACUCUACAAGAAAAGGGUGAUUGCACGCAAUGCCUUGGAAAAGUACAUUUACGAGGUGUCAAGCAAAAUCACGACCAUAGGAGACACCAACAAGACAAGGCUCCAUAACGAAGACAUGAAGAAAAUGGAAGAUGCCAUCACAGAUGCAACUGAGUCUCUUGAUAUGGACAAGCUUUCAGAGGUAGAUGAGUAUGAGAAGAUGUUGAAUCAGUUGCAAAAGCUAUGUGUUCCCAUUAUCUCCAAAAUUGAGUGAAACAGAAGUAAUCUUUUUUCGAUAGAGGAUGGGUCAUGUGACAUGGCUUAACCUCUUAAGUCUAUCUAUGCUUUUCAUUAGUGCUUGUCUUUGUAAGGGAUUCAACA